GGGCCAUCCAGGUCGCUGUUGGCAGUAACCAGGGACCAGCGGGGGGGCCUGUCUGGGGGAUGUGCUGGGGUGCGUUAGGACGUCGGGGCUCGGGUUUGCGGGGUUCGGGUAGUCCCGCACCUCUGCAAAGCUAAUUUAGGGCCGCUAGAUUGUGCGGCGCGUGCGCAUUUUGCGCACUAGGCGGGAAGAUGCAGGGUUGUAGGGCGGGACCGUGAGGAGUUGACGCACGCGUAGCGCGAGUAUGACGCGGUGACGCAUGCGUUCUUUGGCUGCUGGGACCAGAUGCUGGGAUGUGGGGGGCGAGCGGGCAAGCCAGGUCCCGAGUGAAUGAAUUACUGGGACAGAAUAACCCACGCAAGACUCGGUUUCCUUUUGUGCGUGCAGAGUGUGACUAUUACGAAUACUUGCUGCAGUUUUCUUUCUUUUUCUUUUUUAAAGCUGCAACUAGUACUUCUUGCGCAGGGAAUACCCUGUGAGGGUCGCAGGGGAGCUCAACCUCGCUGGGGGCCUUUGGAUUGGUCCCUAAGGUUCUGUGUUUGGAGCCACCAAGCCUCCAGCCACUCACAUACGCGAGAUCCCAGUUCUGAAUUUGGUACUCGGUCAUGGCUUUUGCGUAAUGACACAGUAUCCUGAAACUAUGGAAGACUGUGUGCUCGCCGAAAGUCUGGGACAAGUUUAAGGAGAGAGGAGCAAGUGUCAUUCAAGGAUGUAUGCGUGGAUUUCACCAAGGAAGAGUGGUAUUUGCUGGACCCCGCCCAGAAGGUGCUUUACAGAGAUGUGAUCCUGGAGAAUUAUAGCAACUUUGUCUCAGUAGAAUGUCGAGGACUUCACAGAGCUAAGCUAUUGAGCACCCGGCCUGUGUUAUUUUGUCUUAACAGGGCAUUGUGUUACUAAGCCAGAUGUUAUCUUCAAGAUAGAGCAAGGAGAAGAUCCCUGGAUACCAGAAAAUGGAUUCCAAUGUCACCCAGAAAGGAAAUGGAAAGUGGAUGACCUCUUAGAGAGCAAGCGGGAAAAUCAAGAUGGACGUUUUUGGCCACUCAUGCUCACCAACAAGAACACAGAUCUAGAGAGUGGCGGUAACACAAGAAAAACGUCCAGUGCAGACAUUGACUCUGUUUCUGCAAGAAGUUUUCUGCUUAAAGUAUGUGACUCGUGUGAAAUGAAUUUAAAGAAUCUUUCAGCGGUAAUUAUUAGCAAAAAGAGCUAUUCCAGAAAGAAGCUUACUGAGUUUAAUAUAUAUAAGCAAGCACUCCCUGAUAGUAGGCCUGAGAAAAUUCCUGUAGGAACAGCAUCAUGUGAAUAUGAUGGGGAAAGGGAGGUCCUCGACCUUUGCCGGAAUCUCACUCGGCCAAUUUCUGGCCAGCCUUUUGAGUAUAGUGAAGCAGGACAAGGCUUCCGUGAGGGAGUGGCUCUUUGUACAAGUCAGAACUCUCAGCUAGGGGAGACUCUCCGUAAGCACACUGAAUGUGGAAGAACUUUCGUUGACAGUUUGAAGCUCAGUGUAUCUCAGAAAACUCAUUUGCAUGCGGAGCCUCAUGAAUGCAGUAUUUGUAGAAAGUCCUUCUAUGUGGAUUUACAGUUUGGGCAUCAGAGAGCUAUCUCAGGAAACAGUCCGUAUGAGCGAAGUGAAUAUGAGAAACUCUUCUGUGACCAUUCAGCUUUCAUUGUUCAUCAGGAAGCUUACACAAGAAAGAUCUCCCAGGAGUAUAAAGUGAGUAACAGAACUUGGGGAAAGCCAGCUCUCUUUAAACAUCAGAUAAUACAGAUCGGGGGGAAACCCUAUGAAUACCAUGAGAAUAGGAAAAAUUUCAGCAAAAAAUCACAUCCCACUCAGUCCCGAAGAGCUCACGUGGGAGAAAAAACAUUUGAAUGUGGUGAAUGUGGUAAAAUGUUUUGGGAGAAAUCGAACCUUACCCAACAUCAGAGAACACACACAGGAGAGAAACCCUAUGCAUGUACGGAAUGUGGAAAAGCCUUCUGCCAGAAGCCACACCUUACCAACCAUCAGCGGACACAUACGGGAGAGAAACCCUAUGAGUGCAAGCAGUGCGGGAAAACGUUCUGUGUCAAGUCAAACCUUACUGAACAUCAAAGAACACACACUGGGGAGAAACCCUAUGAAUGCAAUGCAUGUAGGAAAUCCUUUUGCCACCGGUCAGCCCUAACCGUCCAUCAGAGAACACAUACAGGAGAGAAACCAUUUAUAUGCAAUGAGUGUGGGAAGUCAUUUUGUGUGAAGUCAAACCUGAUUGUACAUCAGAGAACUCACACGGGGGAGAAACCCUAUAAGUGCAAUGAGUGUGAGAAAACCUUCUGUGAAAAGUCAGCUCUUACUAAACACCAGAGAACUCACACUGGGGAGAAACCCUACGAGUGUAACGUGUGUGGAAAGACCUUCAGUCAGAGGUCAGUACUCACCAAGCAUCAGAGAAUCCACACGAGGGUAAAAGCUCUUUUAGCAUCCUGAAUGUUUAGCUUUUGCAUGCCUGUCAAGUCAGUUGUACAAUUUUAAAUAUGAGCUUAGAGCCUGCCAAAGAAUGCCACAGAGUAUUAACAAAUACCACUUUGUUGGAAUGCAUGAAAGCUUUCAAGAAAUUAAGAACUUUCAUUUGUUUGUAUUGAAGGGAAAUUAUUUAUAUAAAUAAUAUGGUUAAAAAAACCUUAGAAAUUAAAUCGUGUAAUGUCUUCCAAAUGUGUUUCAGAAUUGUAUUUAAAUAUAAUGACUAAUAUUAAUUUUACUUGUAUUCAUAGGAAAGUAUGAAACUUAAAAAUGAGGGCCUACAGCAUUAACCAUACAUGUAAAGAACAUCCUGUGUUUAUACACCCUUUGCGAGUAUGUUAAUGUAACAGAAGUCCAGGGAACCCUUGAUUUAUGUGUUGGAACCCAGAAAGAAUGUGAGGAAGAAAUAUGAACCCUUAGUUUAAUAACUGUAUGGUAUACUUUUCAUACUAAAUACCACCAGCGUCUUUAUAGGUUGAUAGGACUGUGUGUUUCUGGACAUGUCUGUGAAUGUGAUCUAGAUGUAUGUGUCUGUAAACACACUUGCAUGCGUGUAGCUGCACACAGUGGUGCUGUCAUAAAGGCAGCUCACACCACUUUAAAGUGCUGACGAUUGUUAAAAUUUAGGAGUUCUGUGGAUCAUUGUCUAAUAUUACAUGAGGUUGCAGUUAAAUUAUACUGAGAGCAAAGGGAAUAAAUAGCAGUCGUCAUUCCUCACACUUGGCAGUAUUUCCCUGUCUUUGCUGUGUACCCUUGGUCUACAUGCGAAGAGUGCUGUAGAGCGGUGUACUACUGCAUAUUUCCUUCAGACGCCACCCACCCCCCAUGCCGUCCCUACUCUCAUGUUGAUAGCUUGGCCUUAGAAUAUUUAUACUGUGGAAACUGAUAAACCAUGUGUCUGCAUUUGAUUUUCUCAGAGAAGCUGUGUGUAUAUAAAGUAUGUGGUAUAUUUAAAAUAUAAACUACCCUUCUUUGUAUUUUCUAAAAUAAAUAAAUGGCUCUGGCCAUCAUUAUCAAACUGGCUCUAUAGUAAAGAAGCCAAAAGAUGGUUUGUGGAGCCUCUUAAUUACCUCAGAACUCUCCAGUUCUAAAUACUACCUGUCUUUUGAUACCUUGGUCAGUUUGUGCUUCAAGUGACAUAUUCUCUCUCUCUCUCUCUCUCUCUGUCUCUCUGUCUCUCUGUCUCUCUGUCUCUCUGUCUCUCUGUCUCUCUCUCUCUCUCUCUCUCACACACACACACACACACACACACACACACACACACACACACACACUAUCACAGACUUUUCAUUAUUCUGGACCAUGAGUAAGUAUGGCCAUUAUUACCAAACUACCCAUUUGAUCAGGAAAUCAAACAGUAUUUUUCUGAGUUUUUCUUAGCUACCUCUAUGUCAAUCAUAUAAAUGCUGUUAAUAAAAAUGGUAUUUACAUGACUUAACUUGAGUUGUAAGUGGUAAUACUCUACAAAUCUAAAAGUGGCAGUGUAUAAUAAAAUGUUCACUUUACAUCCUUGGUAUUUCAUUGUGUGUCUAUUUAGGCAUGAUUAUAUGUAAGCGCAGGGCUGUGUCACUCAGUAAUUACAUACCUGUGUUUAGAAUUAGAGAUGCCUGUAUAGUCUCUCUCCCUCCCUUGUUCUAUUUCCAGUACCUCCUGGGAACACACUGAUCAGUAGCUUAAGAGACGCCCGUCACCUUUGCUGAGCUGAGUUUUGUCUCAUUGUUCCUCUCCCCAGACGGUUUGUGGAAUAAAUUCAGAUUAGUCGAAGCUAAUCGUGGAUACUCCGUCCUGGCAGUUUCAUUUAGGUCAGAGAAUGCUAUGCGGUACUGGAAUUGUUCUCAAUGAAGAAGUUGUCAUAACAUGAAGAGAUAAGAAGUCAAAAGAGACGUGAAAGGGAGCAGACCUUUUGGUGUGCAUUUUUAGGUACCUGUCCACAAUGCUGGCAUAUCGUUUGUGGUCUGGAUGGGCAGUGGUGACAGUGCAAACAGCUGAGCCAGGGAGGAUGGCAUGGAAUUGGUUAACCCUUUACAAAUACUUUUUGUUGGUUUCUGGGACUUUGUAUUAUUUUCAAUAAUACCUGUUUCUUGUUUAUUAUUAGGACUGUCUGGCACUUGGAACUAAAGGCAUUCCAGCUAAUACCAGAGAUAACUUUUCCAAGUGCUAAUAUUCUGUAUGUGGUUUGUGGGAAGAAUUUCAUUUAACUGUAUGAUGCAGGGAAGAUGCCUUUUUAAAAACCAUUCUUCUUUCUGGUGGAAAGCAGAGUUCCUCAAAUAAAAAGUUUUUAAUGAUGA